CAGCAGGGAGCAGGCAUGAUCACCAAACACCUUUUCAUAAGAGAACUGCUGGAAUAUAACAGUCUCUUUCUUAGAAGAAACUUGGGGAGGGCGCAGUCCGGAGCUCCUGGAGAGAUGGCCGGGAAAAGUUGGAUAUUUUUCUUUUGUAUCAUCCAAACAAUCUGUUGUCUCAGUGAAAUCAAAUGGUGCACAAUAUCGGAGCCAGAGCUGCAAAAAUGCAGCGAAAUGAAAAAAUACUUUACUCAGUCUCAGAUUGUCCCACCUUUGUCUUGUGUGGCUGGGAAUUCCUCAAUGAACUGUGCCAAAAUGGUAAAGGAUAAUUUGGCAGAUGCAGUAGUUCUUGAUAGUAAUUUCAUAUAUAAAGCUGGAAAACAAUAUAAUUUAAAGCCAGUGGUGGCAGAGGUAUAUGAUCAAGGUAUGGGCACGUCAUACUAUGCUGUGGUUGUUGUCAGGAAGAACUCCACUAUUACAAUAAAUAGUUUGAAAGGCACCAAAUCUUGUCAUACUGGCCUCCAGAAGACUGCUGGAUGGAAUGUGCCUAUUGGCUUGCUUAUUGACAGUGGAAGAAUGUCUGCUGUCGCCUGUGAUAUUCAGAAAGGAGUAGCCAGCUUCUUCUCCAAAAGUUGUGUGCCGGGAGCUAACAAAGCUUUAUAUCCUUCCCUGUGCGAGCUGUGCAAAGGAGAUGGCACUGGUCAAAAUGUGUGUCUCACCAAUGGGACAGAGCUGUACCAAGAUUAUGAUGGGGCUUUUAGGUGUCUGGUUGAAGGUGGAGAUGUGGCUUUUGUAAAACACAGCACAGUGCAUGACAAUUCUGAUGGCUUAAACUCUGCUCCAUGGGCAAGGGAUGUCUUAUCCUCGGAUUACCAGCUGCUGUGUCGGGACGGUACCCGAGCAUCUGUUGGUGAGUGGAGGCGGUGCAACCUAGUCCGGGUCCCUGCUCGAGCUGUUGUGGUCAGACCUGAUGUGGACUCUUCACUUAUUUACAAGACUCUGCAUGAAGGACAGCAAAAAUACAAUGAUUUUAGUGUUGACUUCAAGAUGUUUGACUCUUCUGCCUAUGGUGGUAGGAAUCUAAUCUUCAGAGAUGCCACAACAGAACUCCGACCUAUUUCUAACCAGACUUAUCAAGCCUGGCUUGGUGAUGAAUUUCUGCAAGCAAUGACAGGAAUAGACUGUGAUCCUGACAAACUGCCAAAAUCUUUACGGUGGUGCAGCAUAAAGACAGAGGAGGUCUGGAAGUGUGCAGAUAUGGCCAUGGCAUUUAAAAACAAGACUCUGUACCCAUCAAUCCAAUGCGUCUCUGCUGAAAAUCAUGAAGAAUGCAUGAGAAUGAUUCAGCAAAAAAACAUUGAUGCAGUAACAUUAGACGGAGGUGAUAUCUACACAGCCGGGAAGAUGUAUGGGCUAGUGCCAGCGGCUGCAGAGAGUUAUUCUGUAAAUGAGACAUCUAAUAACUACUAUGUAGUGGCUGUCGUCCGUAAGAACCCUUAUAAUGCCUUCACAAUUCAUGAGCUGAAGGGGAAAAAAUCUUGCCAUACAGAGUACAUGGACACAGCUGGAUGGAAUGUCCCUAUAGGAAUCCUGAAAAGGCAUGGUCUAAUCAGACCAGAGGGUUGUAAUAUUGCCAAAGCUGUAAGUGACUUCUUCACAGAAAGUUGUGUACCGGGCAUGAAGCAAAAGCAGUUUCCAAGCAAUCUCUGCCAGCUCUGUAUAGGUGAUAAAGAUGGUGGAAACAAGUGUGAAAACAAGGCUGAGGAACGAUACUAUGGCCAUACAGGAGCAUUCAGAUGUUUGACAGAAAAAGGAGAUGUGGCAUUUGUGAAACACACAACCGUUUUUGAGAAUUCCGAUGGAAAAAAUCAAGAUGACUGGGCAAAGAAUUUAAAAUCUAGUGAUUUCCAGUUGCUAUGUCCUAAUGGUGCCAGGGCAGAGGUGACUCAGUAUGAAGACUGUAACUGGGCACAUGUCCCUGCUCAAGCAGUUAUGGUUCAUCCAGAUACUAAUAGACAUGCAUUGUUUGGCUUGUUGGAUAAAGCUCAGGAAUAUUAUGGGAGGGACAGUAGCUCUGAAUUUAAAAUGUUUGAUUCUUCAUAUUAUAAUCAAAAAGAUUUGAUCUUCAAGGACUCUACAGAUAAAAUUGUUCCAGUCCAAGAAAAGAAAACAUAUGAUGAGUGGCUAGGUAGAAAUUAUAUUGAAUCUGUAGAGGGUCUUCAGUGUUCAUCCAGUAAUGCAGCGUUAACUACAUUGAACAUUGCCUUACUGCUAAUUAGCACUAUCCUACUGAUUUCGUUUUCUGCAUAACUACCAACUGCUAAGUCAUCAAGAUGUCCUUGGAAAAGUGAUGUAAACAUGUAAAAGUUUUGUUUCUUUUCACUGAAGACUAGAAAGCCUCUACGUAAUGAAUGUACCUUCAGUGUUUAUUCAGUGCCUGAGGACUUGCAAACUCCUUGACCUUACUCCAGUGUCAAUAGCCCAUGAUCUCAGUGUUCCUCUGUCUUUUAAAGAAGAACAAGUCAGAACUCCCUAUUUAUUUUCAGAAUUGUAUAUACACAUUUUGCAGAAGGAAGAUAUACGUUUACAUAUAUUACAUAUUUCUUUAUUGUUUUCUAAAUAUCUAAGUAUUUUGGAUAUAAAUAAUGUGUAGACAAGCCUAACCCAUCUGCUGUUCACUUUAAACCUUCAAAGAUUAGGCAAAUGUUUAACCAAUAUGGGGUUAGAAUGUCAUGCACA